ACGCGAGUAGUGCAGUGAGGAGAACAGUGAAGUGGUGAAUGGCAAUCUGUCGCUGAACUUAAGCGCUCUGCUGUCAGCCAGCGACGUGGGAGUCGCGCGCAAAGCACACCGGCGCGAGUGGAAGUCUUGAACUCGCCAACUCCGCAAAGAGGGACUCAAGUUGGGACGCAUGAACUGCUAAUCACUCGUUACCGGCGCUUCGCUUCGGGUAACAUGCCUGCCAUCAAAAAGGAGAGACUGGAUGGAGAAGACAUGGCAUUAGCCGCCUUCAACCAGCCCGAAUACCUGGCCCCUUUAAAUGCCACCUCUAUCCCCGUGGUGACCCCUCAUCCGCCGCCGUACGACCAUAUUUUCGCCCAUCAUCACCGCGCGUACUUGGGGCUUCAGGACAGCGCGCUGCAUCAACAGCACCUUCACCAUCACCCGGACGACUUCAUGCUAGAGAGGUUCUCCUCUAUCCCGGACUUUCAGCCGUUUUUCGACAACGGGGAACCUUGCAUCGAAGUGGAAUGCGGGGAAAACAAAGCACUAUUGUACAUUAACAAACUGUGCCAGGGCAGCAAGGGGCCCUCCAUCAAAUACCGGGGUGAGUGGCUCACCCCAAACGAGUUCCAGUUUGUCAGUGGAAGAGAGACAGCCAAAGACUGGAAACGGAGCAUAAGGCACAAAGGGAAAAGUCUAAAGACGCUUAUGUCCAAAGGAAUCUUACAGGUACAUCCUCCAAUCUGUGACUGUCCUGGCUGUAGAAUUUCAUCUCCUGUGAACCGUGGGCGACUGGCAGAAAAACGUACCAUUCCCUUGCCGCCAACACGAGUGCCCAAAAAGGAGCUGGCGUCCGUUUUCAGCAGUGACGAAAGCGAGGGCAGCGAUCGUGCCAGUGGAGAUCAUGCAGACAUCAAACAGGAAGAGCUGCAUUACUCUAUCAUGAGAAAGAGUCGGGACAGUGACCUCUCAACGAUCAUCUCCAAUUUGCACCACACCCGACAGCACGGCAUGCCCGAGGGCCAGCCCUGCUCCGACCUCAGCCUCGCCUCCACCCACUCAGAUGACAUACUAGGCAAGAGGAGAGCCUACUCCCCCAACAGCAGCAGCGAGUGCCCAUCUGACAGCAAGAAGUCCCGAAGCGUGUCACCUAAAGAGAACUCUCACACGCCUGCGCUGGAGCUGGGCAGUCACAUGACCCCCGAGGAGCACUACAGACGCAUGAUGUCAGCUCUGAAUGAGCAUGGCACUUACGAGGAGCAGCAGCAGCGCCUGUACCAGCUGGCUAACAACAUGGGUGUCCCAAGCCAUGAGCUUUUGCGUGUGCGUCAGGAAGCCAUGGCUGCCGUUAGAAGCCCGGGUGGAAUGGAGGCCCACGUCCCGACUGCAGGCAGUUCUUCCAGCCAACGACGCAAACAGGGACUUCCCCAGCACAGAGACACACACUUCCCUGAACGGGACAUCUCGCACCCUCCUCCAUUGCUGUCCCCGCAGAAUGCUCCUCACAUCGCUCUUGGACCUCACCUGCGUCCUCCGUUCAUGGGCAUGCCUUCUGCCCUCUGCCAAGCCCCAGGCUAUGGUUUUCUGCAGCCUGCUCAGGCAGAGAUGUUUGCACGUCAACAAGAGAUUCUUCGUAAACAGAACCUUGCUAGAUUGGAAAUGUCUGCUGAGUUGUUGAGGCAGAAGGAGUUAGAGAACCUCCACAGGCAGCGACUGCUGGUCGACCCGCUGGGCCUGCAUCCCGGGAUCCCAGCUGAUCACCCUGCCCUGCGCAGCCUACAGGAAAUCCCAGAAGGCCACCCACUUCGAGAGGAGCUAAAUCGCCGCAACGCUGCAAUGUUGGUUUUACGCCACAACAACACCCCGUUGCUCUCCCUCAACCACCAGGGGGCAGCAGCGGGCACUUCUUCUAAAGACCUCAGCAACAGGAAGAGCCUGAGGAAAGGAGGACCACUCAGGGGGGACCAACAAGGGGGAUCAUCUGAGAAUAAAGAGAUGGAGGGAUGUACACGGGACGAAGACAACGAGGGACAGGACGAGGACAUUAAAUACUCUGAGAAUGAUGCAGAGGUUGAAGACAGGCCAGAGAGGUCUUCUAAAACAGAUGGACAUGGACUCAGUUCAGAUGUGUGCCAAGGCAAGGAUGUGACCAAGUCUAAUGAAGGGGUGAAAGAGUUGGGAGAGGGUUCAGGCAGGCUCAGUGCUCCUUGUAGCUCCACUGGGCCUGAGUCACCAACCCGCCACCUCUUCACAUCAGGACUGAGCAAGAGUGAGGCCAAGUACCUGCCACCAGGAACUAUGCCACCCCUACCCACCCUGCCCGGACAGAUGCUGCCCUUCACCUUUCCAUACACCAGCCCUUACUUCCACACUGGCGCCAUGGGAGGUCUUUUCAUGGAUGGAGAAGAGGCAGGGGCAGCAGAGGACAUCAGCAAGUGGAGUGUGGAGGAGGUGUGCAGCUUCAUCAGCAGCCUAGCAGGCUGUGGGGAGUACACACAGGUGUUCAGAGAGCAGGCCAUUGACGGCGAGACUCUUCCAUUGCUGACAGAAGACCAUCUACUCAACAACAUGGGUUUGAAACUGGGGCCCGCACUCAAGAUCCGUUCUCAGGUGGCGCGACGUAUUGGCAGAAUAUUCUACAUGACCAGCUUCCCGCUGGCCCUCCCGCUGCCGCCAUCUGCUCUGCGCCCCACAGACAGAGACCCCCUACCAGCCGAGACCCACCCUCCUUCCACCGGCAGCACUUCCUUGCCAUUCAGUGUGCCCCCUCCCUCAUGCCGCGCCUCCCCCAAGCAGGAGAACGGAAACCCCUCUGCAGCGGGAGCCUACGACUCCACUAAACCUCCCUCGUAGAGUUGGCCAUUAAAACUCUUGACUGCUUCUCCAUAUAGUAGAGGCAGUGCUCCAAGGAGGAAGUAAAGACAGAGAGAGGGCAUGAAGGGGGCCCUCUCUGAACUAUUCUUUCCUUCCUCUCCCCCCACCCACCCCCUGCCCGCCACCCCACUAUAUACACCUCCAAAUAUAAAAAGUAAACUUAAGGACCUUUACGCAGAGGAACUUAAUCGUUUUAGGGAAAGUGUGGCUGAAAUAGCUCCACCCUUCGCAGUGGUUGGAGGAAGCUAAAAUAAUCCAAAGAUGUGCAAAUAGGGACAACAAAGGAAGGGUUAAGAGUGUGCGAGAGGAAAAUGCGAGUAGACAGCUGCUGAUAAACGGCGUGCCAGAAUUCAGCUAGUGCGCAAGGUCAAAAUGGACACUGUUGGAAAGCAUCCUUAGCUGAGGUGAGCUCUUGUGGUACCCAACAGGACUUGGAAACAGACAUUUUCUUUUACUGCUUUCUCUCCACCUCCACCAAAUUCUAACAUUUCAAAUUCUCUGGAGUUGGUUUAGCUUUGAGAGACUAAACCAUCAAAAGAGGAGUCAAUACGAACAGGAUGGAACUCAUUUGCAGUUUUAACCAGUGCAACUAUGCAUUCCACAUUCCAAAACCAAAGAUUGGAUGGAUGUGGAAUUUUUAAUGGAGAUCAAGCUUUGAUUUAGCAGUGACAAAAAAGGUACACCGAUACAGGGAGUUGGGUUUCGGAAAUGACCUCAAGAGAUGUGGAAAGCACUUAAACUUCAUGUGACCAAAAGCCAUGGCCCGACCACUCACCUGACGAAUGUCUGGGCCCCAUUUUACUUUCACUACUGCGAAAAAGAAGAAUUGAGGAUGGAUGUACAGGUAUGCCCAUCCCAAUGCCAGUUCAUAGAUGGAGGUCACAAUUACUGCUGUGGGAAUUGUUAUCCUGAAUUGUACAGAAACUUGCUCAAGAUGAGAAUAUACUGAAGUUGAAAUUAGUGGUACGUUUCGUUAAAUGUAGUUGCACGAGUUUAAAUCUUUAUUACUGAACAAAAUGUGACUGGCUGACUUGGUGGCACUUUUUGUUCAACUUUUUUCUGUUUGCUGUGUACUCCAUUUGUAAUAAUCAUGAGCCUCAUUCUUAAAUGUCACUUCAGCAUAUAAAUAAGGAAAAAAGUAAUAUUUAUAGGAAUUUCUGUUCGAGCAACAAAAUGUAAGUAAAUUGCCCUUAAAUUGAACCCAAAGAACAAUACUUUUCUCUUUGUUGCAGGGAAAUUGAAGGCACAAAGCUCUUUAUGCAAAUCUUUGAAAUUGUUUGUUUUUAAAUAUGUAAGCAAUCAAUUAAAAUUGUCUCUAGAUUUCCCAUCAAUGUUUUGUCUUCAUCCUAUUUUUCUAUUCUCCACGGGGCGAA